AUGAGUGUUUCUUGUGAAAUACAUUUAAAUAAAACUGGAUCAUAUCAUGGCGGAGAAGAAGUAUCUGGUAUAAUAAGGUAUGUUUUAAAUGAACCAAUGGCAACAGAGAGCAUCACCGUUUCUCUUAAAGGAGGAGGCCACUUAAAAGUACUAAGGCGACAUCGCAAACGAAAUAGAAGAUACAGCAGUCGAGAAGUUUACGUUGACAUCGACAAGAUAAUGCAAGGACACUCUUCUCUAGAAGCUGGACAACACGAGUUACAAUUCAAAUUUAAGUUACCAGAAAAAAUACCACCAACUUUCAAUUACAAAAAAAUUACCACGAGACACCGGGUCAUCUGCAACAUCAAAUAUUACAUUCAUAUGAAAAUCUACAGGCCAGGGCUAAUACAUUUGACCAAACAUUUUGGUAAAGAAAUCAAUGUUGUGUCAACUUUAACCCCGAAACUACCCAUGGAACCUGCUAUGCAUGAAAAGCGGAGCAAAUUAUUUCAACUAUGUCCAAGCAAUAGUAAGACAGUAACUAUGAAAGCAAAUAUUCUCAAUUCCGUAAUACCAAUAGGCGGAAGAAUUGAAAUUCAAAGUGAAAUUGAAAAUGAUACUAAUAUUGUUAUAAAAAAUGUUGAAAUCAAACUUAUAGAGGUGCUCAAAGUUAAGGCCAAAGGACAUAAUACAUUGAAGUUCUAUGAUGAAAUAACAAAUUGUGAGAGCAAGACAGACUCAAUACAAAGUGGUUCUACACAAGCAAUAUCGUUCAACAUUGAUGUACCUUCAGAUAAAACUUCCUUGCAACAUUCUGCUAUGGUAUCAAAAGAUUAUGCUGUUAAAAUAACCGCUAAUCUACCAUUCUUUCAUAGAAAUGUGGUAUUAAAAAUACCUGUACAGAUAGGAGACCUUGUACAAAAAGAGGACCUAAAUGAUGGUCUACCUUCGUACUGGGAGGCUAUGGGUGAAAAACAUAAUUCAAGUGAUGAAGAAGAGGAGUGACUUUUUUGUAGUGACUGUAUAAAUCAAAAAUAUUCACAAGACAUUAGAAAGUGUUACUAAGUGAUAUCACAC